AUGGCGCCGCGCGCCGUCCAGGCCCUGCUGACUGCCACCUCCCUCCUGUCCUCUCCCCCCUCCUCCUCUGCUCCUAGUUUCCACCCCAGCCCUGCACGGCUGCCGGGGGUUCACUGCCCCCGGACCCGACCCCGGCUCCCGCGCCAGAGCCGCGUGUCGCCUCCGGGCCCUUCCUCCCCUGCCCUGCGCGGCCGCCGCGGGUUCACUGGCUCCGGCCCCGACCCCGGCUCGCGCGCCGACGCCGCACCACCACCCGCCCCCGCUGAGCCCGCUGCCUCCGACGGUGAGGCCAUCAACACGGGUGGCACCUAG